UAAGGAUAAUUCCGUAGUUUCAAGCGUGAAAGACUAGUAUAUAACGACGGCUAUUCACCAGUCCGGCCACUACAAACUUUUCCUGCAAAAACACCCUAAAAAGUCACCCCGGCCCGACAAUAAAAAAGAAAAACAUGGGACACCUCUUACUACGUUAUGUAUGUCAUUAAUUAUUAAGCUCUGAUAGAUUAUUUGAUUGUAUCAGAAAUCCAGAAUUGAAGCGAAGUUGGUCGGCGGCGGCAGAAGAUCGAUGGGAUUCUGCAUCUGCCCGUUGGGUACUCCGGCCAGAUUACUUUGGAGUUCAAGUUUCUUCCGCCACAAACUCAUGCUCUUCUAACACUUCUUAAUUCAACCCCAAAACACAUAUACCUUGCUAUAUUCAAUCUGCUACUAUAAUAUAAUAUAAUAUAUAUACUAUUAUUAAUAUAAUUACUCCAUAUCAUCAUAUAUAUAAAUUAAAGUUCGAGAUGGAGAGAGGAAUGGAAUCCGGGGGUUUCUUCUUUAACCCAUCCUCCCACGCCGACGUGUUGUUCCUUGGGAAAGCCGCUGAUUCCCCUUUUCCAGGAGGAAGCUGGUCGGUGAUGAAGAUGGAGGAGAGCUUAAAGAGGCGACCCACCUGCUUGUUCAGCGCCCCACAAUCUCUAGUGUGUGACGAUGAGGAAUAUUACGAGGAGCAGUCAUCAUCAGAUAAAAAACGCCGUCUCACUUCGCAACAGGUAGAGGUGCUGGAGAAGAGCUUUUCAGGGGGAAAGAAGCUGGAGGGGGAGCGCAAGAAGGAGCUGGCAAGUAAUCUAGGGUUGCAGCCCCGGCAGGUGGCGGUUUGGUUCCAAAACCGGCGAGCAAGGUGGAAGGCGAAGCAGCUUGAAAGGGACUACGUUCAACUCAAAUCAUCCCACGAUUACCUUUUGUGUCACUAUAACUUUAUUCUCAAACAGAAUCAAAUGCUCAAAGCAGAGGUGAACUUACUGAGUAAGAAGUUGGAAGGUAAUUGUAAGGAGGUCGAUGAUGAUGAUGCGCCACGUAUGAAGGUAGUAGAAGAGGAGUGUGGAAGUCCAAAGCAGCAGCAGCAGCAACUUAUGGAUAAUUAUUAUUAUUAUUGUGUUGGUGGAACUUGGAAAACAUAUAAUAAUAAUAAUAAUAAUAAUAAUUUCCAUAAUGAGGAUUAUGAGGAUAUGGAUCAUCAUGUUUGCAACUCCCUUCCACAUGCCCAAACUACUACUGAUGAUGAUGAUGAGCCACUGGGAUGGUUCUGGUCCUAGCUACUUACUCCCUCAGCUCCAUAUAUUUAUAUAUAUGCAAUCUCACUAGUCACUUGUGUGACAACAUAUCACGGAUUUUAAUUCGUGAGAUACAUAUUGAAUCUAGGAUUGUUGCUUUGCUGGUUAAUAAUAAUAGAAAUCAUAAUACUUAUUAAUGAAAUAAAUUUAAAA